GCAGCACUCCCCACCCCCACCUCCAGGUGACAGGCCGAGCCGGCCCCCUCUGGGUCUCUAGUAGUUUCCGUGCCGCUGUCGCAUGCUUGCGCGCACAGCUGGGCCGGCCGCGUCCUACGCAGCAGCCGCGAGCCGGGCAGCGGGUGCCAGACGGUUCCUGGCGGGGGGCAGGGGCGGGGCGCUGCUGGAGGCCAGGGACUCCCGGCGGAGGAGCCCCAAGGAGGCCAGCCUGACGACUAACGAGUUGCCAUGGCAUCCUACUACGAGAUCCUAGACGUGCCGCGAAGUGCGACGGCUGAUGACAUCAAAAAGGCGUAUCGGAAGAAGGCUUUACAGUGGCACCCAGACAAGAACCCAGAUAAUAAAGAGUUUGCUGAGAAGAAGUUCAAGGAGGUGGCAGAGGCAUACGAAGUGCUGUCGGACAAGCAUAAGCGGGAGAUCUACGACCGCUAUGGCCGGGAAGGGCUGACUGGGGCAGGAACUGGCCCAUCUCGGGCAGAAGCUGGCGGUGGCGGGCCUGGCUUCACCUUCACCUUCCGCAGCCCGGAGGAGGUCUUCCGGGAGUUCUUCGGGAGUGGGGACCCUUUUGCGGAGCUCUUUGACGACCUGGGUCCCUUCUCAGAGCUUCAGAACCGGGGUCCCCGGCACUCUGGCCCUUUCUUCACCUUCUCUUCCUCCUUCCCCGGGCACUCUGAUUUCUCCUCCUCGUCUUUCUCCUUCAGUCCUGGGGCUGGUGCUUUUCGUUCCGUUUCUACAUCUACCACCUUUGUUCAAGGACGCCGCAUCACGACGCGCAGAAUCAUGGAGAACGGGCAGGAGCGGGUGGAAGUGGAGGAAGAUGGGCAGCUGAAAUCCAUCACAAUCAACGGUAUCCCGGAUGACCUGGCACUGGGCUUGGAGCUGAGCCGUCGCGAGCAGCAACAGUCCGUCACCUCCAGGUCUGGGGCGACACAGAUCGGGCAGACCCCUGCCUCACGCUCCCCCGACGGCGACCUCUCUGAGGAUGACGAGGACCUGCAGCUUGCCAUGGCCUACAGCCUGUCAGAGAUGGAGGCGGCUGGGAAGAAACCGGCAGGUGGGCGGGGGGCACCGCGACGACGGCAGGGGCAGCCCAAGGCCCAGAACCAAGAUCCAGGCACAGGGGAGACCUGUGAGGGUGCCAGGGGCGACACCGCCAAACCCAGCCCAUCUCCGGAGGAGAAGGCCUCUCGCUGCCUCAUCCUCUGAUCACCAGGCCCAACCCACCCGAUUCAGGGGGACCAGGGGUCCUGCUCACUGUCAGGCGAGCAGAGAGGGGCGUGGCCUGAGUUGCAGGGGACCCUCUCCACCUCCAUGAUUCCUCCCAGGUCCACCCCCCUGCAGUGUGGACUCGGGAUUUGCUGUGCUCAGGCCAUGGCUGAUCGGUCCCUGGGGAAGCCCAAGGUGGGGGGACUUAGGGCAGUGGGAAGGCCUGGGGAUCAGGAUGCACUUAUUAGACGGGGCAUUUCCAGGGGCACUAGUGGCUUGGGUCAGGCCUUUGCUGCCCGCCCCGCCCCCCCCGCCCCGUCUUCUGCCACCUGUGUUGCUGAUGAUGUUAAGGAGGACUUGGCCUGAGGUUCUCUGAGCCCGUCGGCAGCCACGGCGCUCCUCUUCCGGCUGCAGACACCCCACCCUGGUUUCUGCACGGUGUUGAGCUCUGACGUCUCUGUUGCUUCCCUCCCUCCUGGUGCUGCUUCUCUCCUCCCUUGCACUCUUCUCUCUGCAUCCCCCGCGGGCCGCAUCGCUUGCUCUCACUGCCGUCUGGCUGGGACUCCCUUCUUCCUUCCCCCAGAAGGCCUCUUUGUGGCGAGGAAGAUGCUGUGGCCGGUAGGGCCAUAAGGUCUUCCGGGGAGGCUAGCUGGGUGGGGCGGGAGCCUCUCGGCCGUCCAGAUUCGGAACCGGAGCCCACUCCUCCUCCCUUCCUCUUGCUGCCUCAGCCUGCCCCGGGCCUCGGGACUAGCCAGAGGUGAGGCCGGCUAACCCUGGAGAGGGGGGAUGAAGCCAGGGUGCCCCAGGAGGGAGGCCUAGGAGGGGACCGGACCUCGUCCUCCCGCACCAUGCAUCAGGGCUCAGGGAGAGGCCACAGGGCUAGCCCAGGGCUGCAUGCUGAGCGCCCUCCUCCAUGGCUUGCUGCUGACCCUCUCUCCUGUCACCCCGUCCCUGCUCUCUCCCCAGAUGUGUUCUGAGCUGGAUGUCCAGGACCCAGAGUUGCUGCACAGUUCCAAAAGGACAGCGCCCAACCCUGUGCACUGGGAGGGGACCCUCCAUUCCUCUCCCUCGCCUGUGCUGAGCAUAGAGCCGGGCCUGGGUGGUGGGUGGGGGCUGGGUGGGCAGUAGUCUUAGCCUGGAAACGCUUCUCUGGGUGUUUGGUGCUCUCUUGGGGACUACAAGUCCCAGAAUGCAAUGCACCCUGCCUCCUUGCUGUUAGAUCAUGCUUGGGGGAGGUGGCACGUGGUUACAGGGCUGUGCAUCUUGGGACAUGUAGUUCUGGCCCUGGUCAGCCUGACACUUGCUGUAAGAUGGGGAAGAUCUUGUCAUUUGAUUUGUCCCUGGCAGGGGUAGCAAGAAUGUGGAUGAAGGGGUAAUGGUUCGAGCUCUGUUUCCCCUGACAGCUCUUGCUAGCGCUCGGGUUAGAGCAUAAAAAUCAAGGCCCUGUGGCAGCCAGGGGAGGCUCCUUCCCUGUGCGCAGUCCUGGAGUUUGAGGAUGAGCCGGAGCAGAUCAAUGCAGCAGGGCUAUGGGCACGGGCUGGCAGAGAGCUUGGAAGGAAGCCCUCUCGGGUGUGUGUGUGUGUGUGUGUGUGUGUGUGUGUGGCUGGAGUUGGUGUGUGACGGAUGCUCCAGGCAUGUUGCUGCUUGUAUGGCUUCUUUGAUCUCUGACCCCGCUGCCCAUUCUUUCUCUCCAACACUGCAGAAGCUGCCUCUCCCCCUCCCUCCCUGGGGAGCCGGGUGGCCAGGGAGGGGAGUGGUGGAGCCAGGGUGUUGCCAGCCCCUGUACCCUUGAGUCUCAGAGACCUAUCAAAGCCAGCUGGGCUGAGCUCAGACCAAGAGGAAAACACUGGAAGUCAAUAAAGCUGAGUUUCGAGA